CGCCAGACGCCCCACCUGUUCAUCGUACUCAGCGAACUUGGUCAAGUGUAAAGUUGUAAACAAUACCAGCCGGUGUGGAGGAACUGUUCACAGUCACGGACACCGUUACAGGAGUGCACAGAGAAAGUUGGAUGGCCAUCUUUACAUCCUCUAUAUCCUUCGAAUGUAGACACGAGGAGGAAUUAGGUGAGGAUUUUGAAGUACAGCUGCGAGGUGAAGUGAGUCCCAAUACGAAAAUGAGGGAAUUGGACAUGUUCAGGAACAAAGAUAUAUAUUCUCGCUCCCAGUCCCAGAAGAGCUCGGGUUCUUAUUGCUGUAUAUUGCUGGUCACCAUGGCCGUGGGUGAAUUAUACUCUGAUCAACAACCUCUUCUUUCCAACGGAGGUCAUGAUAACGAGUACAAGAUCAAGGAAACGCGCAUAUUCUUAUCAUUGGCCAAAUGGGUUCUCAAAUUCACUAUGUGGGUCGUGUUCGUUGCUUGGGUUGCUCUCUUUUUUCUCGUUCCCACAGACUUCGGGACCGGCCUCUACGAUGUCUGGGUCAAUGCUACCAGUGGAACUCUGUUCGGGGAGACAGGGAGCGUCUUGCUGUUAUACAGUGGCCCCAUUGUCAUUAUCGCCUUUCUUGCUGUUCCAUAUCUUCUCGUCUCUGGGGAAGAGCAACAGAAAGAACAACUACAAGAGAAAAGGCCUCCAAGAUUCCGACUGUGGACUUUUCCCGUUCUGGUGGAUGGACCAUUUGGGGUCGUUUCCGCUGCCGAAUUGAUUGGCAUAGUCCUCUUUGUUAUGUUUGUUCUCUGGGCUGUUUAUGCCUAUACGGUAGUGAACUUUGAAAUUUUACCUAGCUAUGGCGACUUGACCCUCCAAGAGAAGAGGUUGUUUAUGUUGCAAAUGUCAGCAUAUACUUUUGGUUUGAUUGCAUUAUCUUGCUUGGCUUUUCUCUUUCUCCCAAUCGCGAGGGGGUCGAUUCUCCUCCGCCUUGUGGAUAUACCUUUUGAGCAUGCCACCAGAUAUCAUGUUUGGUUGGGAAAUCUCACAAUGUUCCUCCUUACCCUUCAUGGACUUUUCUACAUGAUUUUAUGGGCGAUACGGGGCAUCAUACUAUCUGAAAUAAUUGAGUGGAAAAGUGAUGGUGGAGCAAACCUUGCUGGGGUUAUCUGCUAUGUAUUUGGUCUAUUGAUAUGGGUGACAACACUUCCUCCUGUGAGGAAGCGAUAUUUUGAGCUUUUCUUCUAUACACAUCAACUCUACGUACUUUUUGUCAUUUUCCUGGCUUUGCAUAUUGGUGAUACGAAUUUUAGCAAAGUUUUUGGGGGAAUAUUUCUGUUCAUGCUUGAUCGCUUUUUAAGGUUCUGCCAAUCACGUAUGACUGUCAACAUAGUUUCGAUGAAAAGCCUUCCGUGUGGAACAGUGAAAUUGGUGCUUUCCAAACCUGGAAACCUGCGGUACAAUGCCCUCAGUUUCAUCUUCCUACGAGUGUGGGAAAUAUCUUGGCUGCAAUGGCAUCCUUUCAGUGUUUCAUCAAGUCCAUUGGAUGGUAAGUAUCAUCUUUCUGUGCUCGUAAAGGCUUUUGGUGACUGGACAUCAAUGCUAAGUCGGAAAGUCUCAAAUAUCACUGAGGAUUCUCAAAUAGAGCUACCUUUACUACCCCCCGGUCAGAUUAUGGCUUCUGUAGAGGGGCCUUAUGGGCAUGAAUCACCAUACCACUUGAUGUAUGAAAAGCUUGUACUGGUUGCAGGAGGUAGUGGGAUCUCUCCAUUUUUAGCUAUAUUGAGUGAUAUUCUCCAUCGUACUAAGGAUAAAAAAACUUGCGUACCAAGAAAUGUUUUACUUGUUUGGGCUGUGAAAAGGUCGAAUGAGCUAUCUCUUUUUUCCUCUACUGGUGUGGAGUCAAUCUGUUCAUUUUUCUCUGAUAAAUUGAAUAUCGAAGUUCAAAUGUAUGUCACUAGAGAAUCAGAGCCUUCAUUGGAGGAGGGUAAUAUCCACAAGGCUACAAGCUCUUCUGUUUUCUCUAUUGGAGGGGGCAUUUCAGCCUUGGUUGGCACUGGAAAUAAGAUAUGGGUUGGAUGCUAUGUUAUCAUAUCUACAAUUGGCUUCGUUAUCUCUUUGAGUUUGUUAGACAUCUUUUACAUAAAUCCUUUUAGUAUAUCAUAUUGGUGGUACAAAGGCCUUCUUUUUGUAGCAUGCAUGGUUGUCAGUGUUUUCAUCUAUGGGGGCUUUGUGGUUGGUUUAUGGCAUCUUUGGGAAAAAAGGACCUUAGCCAUGGAGGAAAGUCAGGAAGAUGGGGUAAAGACCGACAUGAUGCGGCCUAACGAAGUAUUCACAGAAAAGAACUUAUACCAGGAAAGUCUUGCUAGUUCAUAUGCAGUUCGGUAUGGUUGCAGACCAGACUUCAAAGAAAUUUUUGGAUCAGUAUCAGCUCGUUGGGGGUCUGUUGAUGUGGGUGUCGUUGUGUGCGGUCCCCAAACUCUUCUCUCUAGUGUAGCUAAAGAGUGUAGGUCGCAGAAUUUGAAAAGAAGAAACUAUGAUCCGAUCUUCCACUUCAACAGCCAUAGUUUCUCUUUGUAGGGUUAUAGUCAAGACUUCUCUCUUUAUUUAUAGGCUUGACACGCUUUGAAUUUCUUGUACGUAAUUGGUUUGGGUCUGCUGAAAACGAUGAUUGAUAUUCUGAUAUCGGACGAGUGGAAAUUUCCUAA